AUGCCUCGACGUACACAAGGCCAAGUGCCGGCUGCACAGAUUCCCCUACCUCAACGGGACUACCAGGAGCUACACCGGCGUGUGGAGGAGGCCGAAGACGCUUUCAGGAACUGCAGCGACAUCUGGUGGCUCCACCCGGCCGAGUUUGACGAGAUGAGGAGGCUGCUGGACGAAUGCAAGCUGCUCAUCGAGUCCGAGCAGGUGGGCAACCUGCUACCCGCGCCAAGGAACAAGGAAGAAGCGCAACGCCUCAAAGCCCAGCGGGUGACUAUGGUGUACGACAGGCUCGCGCUCGUUUGGCGGCUGCUGGAGUUCUUGCCUCUCACUAUCAGAUUGCGUCGACCGUGGAGUUCAGAGUGCCAAAAGGAUAUGGAUUAUCCGUUACCCUGGAUACUUGAUUAG